CACGCGUACCUCUUGGCUUUCACCUCGACUUUUCCAACCAGGAACAUGGACGAUGACGAUGAGUUUUUGUAUGGGGGUUCCACUGCAGAAGGCAUUCCUGUGUCGCAGCCGGCUCCGUUAGACACCGGUCGAGUGACCAACAGCGUCGUCUCCCAUUUGGAAGCUGAAGCCGAAAAUACAAUCGAUGUGCCAUUACAGACGACGCCACCUACUGAGGAAGAUAAUGCAGAAAUGUCACUGGCAGACGAGGCAACUGAGGAAGUAGAAGAGGAAGAGGAAAGUGACGACGAUGAUGAUAUCGAGUUCAUCAUGGAUCAACCCUCGCGGACACUCGAUCUCAGGCAAGGUCGAUCGUCGUUGAAUCGAAAUGGAGGGAGUUCCUCACAGCCUCCAGCCCCAAAACCACCAACAUCUGGCCCGUCAUUAACGACCGAAUAUACUCCCAUAUCUCGAGGCGCUUCUAAUGCUUCCAUAGGCGGACCGCCUCCACCGCAAAGCCAACCAGCAGCACCCGUGCCUCAGCUGAUUAGGCCCUCAGAGGUUUCUGUGGCGGCGCCGAAGACAGAGGACACGGCUACCCCGGACGAUGGCAUAGACACUUCGACGUUACCCCCAGCUACAGCCCCCCCUUCUCAUCCCGUUAUCGACCCAUCAGCUGUUGGCACAAUGGACGGGCGCUCUAUUCUGGAUGUAGACAUCGCGGCUAUGUCAGAUAAGCCAUGGCGUAAGCCUGGCUCCGACAUCAGCGACUGGUUUAAUUAUGGUUUCGACGAAAUCUCUUGGGAAUCGUAUUGUUAUCGUAGAAGAGAUCUUGGCGAGCUGGCCAAUGUGCUCAAGACGAGCGUGCUGAACUUUUCUGGCAUGCCCGAAGAGCAACUAACUGCGCUUCCACAUGAGGUUAGGCAGAUGGUCAUGACUGGAACAAAUGCGAUGUUGUCCAAUGGGGGUCCUAAUCCUGGCAUGAUGGGUCCGGGAGUGAUGAUGGAUAUGUCUGGAAUGAUGAACCCUAUGGCAAUGAGCAUGAAUGGAGAUAUGAGCAUGAUGCCAGUAGAUGGGAGAGCCAUGGGUAUGAUGCCAGAUGGUACACCAACGCAGGGCGUCCCUGUCGUUGGUACAAAUGGUACUCCAGAACCAGGAGUCGCAAUGAUGCAAGAAGGAUAUGGCGGUCCGGGAAUGAUGAUGACUAGCGAGUACGCUAUGCAGGAUCAAGCUCAGAUGGCGGCUCAGCAACAACAGAUGUACCCUGUCAUGGAACCGCCUGCAGCCAGUCAACCGCCUGGUGGACCAAAGGCUGGAACACCUAAUCAGUAUCGUAAUCGUGGUUUGGCUACUGGUCCUCGUGGAAGAGGGUUUCCUGUCAGAGGAAGAGGACGCGGUGGGUAUGAGGGAGUUGGUACAGUGCGUCCUGCGUCGCCUUUGCCCCCAGGUGUCCCUACCGGACCCAGAAAUCAAAAUAAGUACAAGGACCGCGAUGGAAAUGCUCCAGCUGUUGACGGAUUGGAUUAUGGAGGUAAUGGUGGCAGGGGGAGCGGGGAGCCUGAAGACAAAGGUUCGAGUCGAAAACGCAGGAGCUCUCCUGGAUUGGAUGACGGUCGAAGCACAAAACGACGCUGACCUAAAUUUUUUUUCAUUUCAUGUCUACUUAUGUAUUUGUUAUCAUAAAUGAAUGCAGCUGC